AUGACAACAACAGCUCCAGCACGUUCACACGGCUUUGAUCGCCAGCACAGCCUUUUGCAGCUCGACUGCAGCGCCGACCUGCGACACUAUUCGCGCAACCUCGGUCCAGGCGUCCAGGAGCGCAUCUUUCAAACAACGAGCGACGCACUGAGGAAACAACUGGAUGAGCAUCGCGAUUUCCUACUUCGGCAUCAACAGCAACAGCCGCGCUUGGCUCCUGCCCCCGUAGUCAGCGGCCCAGCGCCCGGUACUCCUCACGCAUACACGCAACCUCAUCCCUAUCCACAAGUUUCUCAGCCUCCGCUACAGGCCGCCGCACCCCAGCAGCUGGUCCAUCGCCGCGCCGAACCUGCCAUCGUCCCAGGUGACAUUAACACAUACCCCCUCGCCCUGCGCGAUGCCCUGUAUGCACAGAAGCUGAUCCCACGGGCGCACGACGGCAGAACCGCAUUUCAUGUUGUGACCAGCAGCAAAAACCGCGAUAUGGGCGAAGAUACAAAGGUUGUAGGGACUUGUGGAACUAUGCUGGCAGCGAACGAACUCGCGGCGUGGUACUUUGUCGAGCACUGUAUGGGCGACGUUGCUGAAGCCAAGUUUACACAGCUGGCGAGCGGCGCAUUACAUUGCGGUGCCGGACCUCACAACGUGUAUGUGCAAGAGGGCAGGAUGGAAUGA